AACCGGAUCAAUCUAUGGAGAAACUGGGCGCUCGAGCGUUUCCACUCGACAGCUCCAGGUUUUGGUGUCCGCGUGACACGUCACUGUUUUCCACGCAAGCUGAUCAGGGCCGCGCGCUCCUUCCGGUGGAGACGUGGCUCUGCGGCGGCCAUAUUGACGCUAGCAGUCCGUGGAAGCCGCGCGCGUUGUCAGAGACUACAGUCCCUGGACCAAACUCAGAACCGGAACCACGAGAAACGGACUCCAGCGGAAUCCCGAAGACAGACCACAAUGGUGCUGUUGGCAGCGGCGGUGUGCACCAAGGCUGGAAAGGCCAUCGUAUCGCGGCAGUUUGUGGAGAUGACUCGGACCAGGAUCGAGGGACUCCUGGCUGCCUUCCCAAAGCUCAUGAACACAGGCAAGCAGCACACCUUUGUGGAGACGGACAGCGUCCGCUACGUCUACCAGCCUCUGGAGAAGCUCUACAUGGUUCUGAUCACCACCAAAAACAGCAACAUUCUAGAGGACCUGGAGACCCUGAGGCUCUUCUCCCGUGUGAUCCCAGAGUACUGUCGCGUGUUGGAGGAGAGCGAGAUCUCCGAGCACUGCUUUGACCUGAUCUUCGCCUUCGACGAGAUUGUGGCUCUCGGCUACAGGGAGAACGUCAACCUGGCCCAGAUCCGCACCUUCACAGAGAUGGACUCUCAUGAAGAGAAGGUUUUCCGUGCUGUCAGAGAGACACAGGAGCGCGAGGCUAAGGCAGAAAUGCGGAGGAAGGCCAAGGAACUUCAGCAGGCCAGGAGGGACGCUGAGCGCUCUGGGAAGAAAGCGCCUGGCUUUGGCGGCUUUGGCAGCGGUGGCAUGAGCAGCGUUUCCUCAGGGUCCAUCAUCACAGACAACAUCGUGGAGCCCGAGAAGCCCAAGAUGACGCCGGCUCCACUCCGGUCGAGUGGACCCAGCAGAGCUCUAAAGCUGGGCGCCAAAGGCAAGGAGGUGGACAACUUUGUGGACCAGCUCAAAUCUGAAGGCGAGACCAUCAUGCCGACGGGGAAGAGGGGCUCAGACGUGUCCAAAGCUCUACCCCCACCUAUCAACGUGGAGAGUGUGCAUCUGCGCGUGGAGGAGAAGAUCUCCCUGAGCUGUGGGCGUGACGGCGGCCUCCAGAACAUGGAAGUGAUCGGCAUGGUCACGCUGCGGGUCUCUGACGACAAGAACGGACGCAUCCGCCUGCUGGUCAGCAACAACGACACCAAAGGACUGCAGCUGCAGACACAUCCCAACGUAGACAAGAAGCUCUUCACCUCUGACUCUGUGAUCGGCCUGAAGAACCCAGAGAAGUCGUUUCCUCUCAACAACGACGUGGGAGUUCUGAAGUGGAGGCUGCAGACCACAGACGAGGCCCUCAUCCCUCUGACCAUAAACUGCUGGCCUUCGGAGAGCGGCUCUGGCUGUGACGUGAACAUCGAGUACGAGUUGCAGGAGGAGAGUCUGGAGCUGAACGACGUGGUCAUCAGCAUCCCUGUUCCCUCUGGCGUGGGCGCUCCAGUGAUUGGAGACCUGGACGGAGAAUACAAGCACGACAGCAGAAGGAACGUUCUGGAGUGGUGCCUCCCCGUCAUCGACGCCAACAACAAGACGGGCAGCCUGGAGUUCAGCAUGGCGGGACAGCCCAACGACUUCUUCCCCAUCAGCGUCACCUUUGUGUCCAAGCGCAGCUACUGUGACAUUCAGGUUACCAAAGUCAGCCAGGUGGAUGGCGACGGUGCGGUUCGGUUCUCUACAGAAACCUCCUUCGUUGUUGAUAAAUACAUAAUAGAAUAAAUGUUUGAGGGGGGGGGGGGACUUAAAGAAAUAAAUGUAUUAACAAAAAAUAAAAACUGCUCAUAGAGAGAUGGAAGUUCCCUCCUGCUUCUCAGGGGGGAGCGGGACACUUGAGGUGACAGUCGCUGUAUUUAUGUCUGUGUGACAGGAUCAUCUUCUUUAAACAUAUAUUAGCCAUUGAACCCCCCUCCCCAGCCCUUUAUCAUGGAUCAGGACUGUAACAGAAGUGACCUGGACCGGCCAGCAGGUGGCAGAAGAGGACCGCACCCUCAUCCUGUAGAGUUGAGUUUCUGUUCCUGCAGUUUUCUCACCCAUGAUUUUGUAUUCUCCCAAUCAAACUUGGAUUUUGUACUCUGACGCUUGUUGGGGGGGAUAAAGCGCUGCAUUCCCCCCCCUCUUCCCAGAACACAAGAGUUUGAAGCAGAAUUGGACUGUAGGUCCUGUGGGAGUGGGCUGUUUGUGCCUCCAGGCUCCGCCUCCUUUUCUUUGUUCAGUUCGUUCUGGAUGGACGGCUGAAGGGCAAUUCUGACAUUCCAGUGUAAAAACGUUCAUCAAUAAAAUGUUAUCGGAAAGAG